AGAAUGUUUGCUAAGGUCAUGGUAGCCUUACUACAAGAUGCCCCGAUCGGGUCGAAGAGAAAGGUUCAUCUUGCCCGACUUCAUGCCGAAGGAAUAGAGUCAACGCGUUGGCCUUGGGAGGCCUGCUUCCAUGACAACGCCAGGGAGAGCUACACAGAUUCCUCGUCUCCACAUACAUUUCGAGCAGAGGCGUAAAGCAGAGAGACAGCCCGUGUAAAGCUGCCGUUGGCAGUACACAAGCAGCCUGCUGGGGACUGCACAUUCUGAGAUGAAUAUAGGGAGCCCCCAUUUCAAUUAGAAAGCUCUUGUUGUAGGGGGCAGAGUGGGCAGACAGGAUGGAGACUGCAAAUGGUGCAUCCAUUGAGAAUGGCAUUAGUAGUGCCUUAGCGCGUCGCGCCACCCUCCAUAAACAAAAAGAGCGGGAAUUUUCAGUGAAUGGAAAUAGUGACGCCGGAGAAUGCCCUUUAGAUUCCCCAGGCCCUGAUGUUGCACAUAUAAAAGGGAAAUCAUUCAUCUUCCUGACAAUCUCUCGCCUUCAAUAUUCUUCCCACUAUCACAUCAUAUACUUGAUCACCCUCAGGAAGAAGAGAAAAAGGAAACAUAGGGCCUGAGAGUUGAUCCCCUUUAGGAGUCAUAUCUCCUUUCAGGCCCCUUCUCUCUUAUAAUACCUUUCAACCAUCCACUUUAUGUUGGUUCUGAUCCACUGAGAAGCAAAGCAUCAGAGGUAAGCCUCUGUCCCAUAUUUCCUUUUCUUCACCUUUGUUUUCUUCUAGGAAAAUCAAGGAAGAAAAGAGCCAUGCAUCUUUUCAAAGAAACGUGUCACAGAAGGAGGAAGCAGACACUCAACAUGUAGACGUAGUGGCAUAUCAGUCCACCUUAUCCUGUUUCUUCACAGCAGCCUCACUGUCUUCUUCCCUUUGUGGUCCAUUAUGAUGGAGUUCCUCUUUAUUUGGCAUGACAAUUUCGUGAAUUGCAAAGGCCCAACACAAUCCAUUCACGUUGCAUGUUGACGAAGAUCCACAGAACUCAGCAAGCAGAACGCCAAAAUGGUGAAGUUGACUUAUGUUGCGAGAAAGAUUGAAGGCCCCAAGGCCGUACAGGCCGUCUGUAAAGAUCUGAAAAAACGAAUCCCGCCAGGAUCGUCCGCUCGAUCUAGUGGAAGAGACCCUGCAAUUGAGAUCGAUUUAACCGGAAAGAAGUUAACCGACGAUGGUUUCUCGCAGUUCGUCGAUGACUUGAUGAGCUGUAUCAUAUACCGUGAUGAGGAGCAUCCCGAAGGAGCCGCCAGAGUCACCGAGCUCCAUCUCCAGGGAAACAAGCUUACGGUUCAAUCUCUCGUGAAACUCGCUCAGGUAGUGGCGCUCAGUACAGGAGACCUGAGAGAACUCGACAUAUCCUGCAAUGAAAUCGAGGCAGUCUCAAAGGAACAGAAGGAAAUAUGGCAGACAUUCCUAGAAUCCUUCAAAGGCUGUUAUUUGAUGAAGAAGUUCGACCUCGGGCAUAACCCACUCGGCCCCAGCGGCAUGGAAAUCUUCGCUCGUGUCUAUAUUCAGAGCGAGGUCGACUUCCUUGAAACGGAAGCCGAAGAACUCGUAAAAAUAAAGUCCGAUUCAGAGAAAGACGAGCUCGUAGAGGAACUCGGCGGCUUGAAAAUCAGUUCCGGAAAGGAGAACGCGCCGCUCAGCUCUGGAUCUCAUAAGAAGAACGGAAAGGCAAAGAGCACUCGGCAAAAUGGACGUGAACACCUUACAGGGAAGCUGACGAAGGCGGACUUAAAGCGUUUUUCUUGCACCCGGGGGCUGCGUUCAAUUCCCUACCUAAUCCUGUCAAAUCUGUCGUUGACGAGCGGCAGUGCAAUCCAUAUGGCGAGUAUGAUAUUUCUCCAUAGAACACCCGACCAACUUCUCGAGUUUCUUCCGGCAGGAAAGACGCCUGCUCUUCCUGAUACAGGAGACCGCUGCCAAGGACUAAUCUGGUUCCCUAAUGAGAACCUCGGGAAAUCCGAGCAUAGGCUGCUCGAGAUGGCCGAGAUGCUUCGCCAGCAGGCAUCGGAGUCUGAAUCUGGCGAAGAGUACUUGGGUGACAAUGAGAAUUCGUCCAGCGACACGGGAAGCACAGAAAACUCGACAGAUACGAUGCUACGUCAGGAAAAGAAGAAGCUCGAUUUCGAAUAUUCCCGAGUCCGUAAACGUGUCCGCAUCGAAACCCUGAAGACUGAAGGAGUUCACAGCGCCCAGAUCUGGGCUACCGCGGUGCAAAUGAUGCUUGUAUCCCGGGCUGUACUCUUGGAGGAUAGAGAUCGCCAUGUCAAAGUCUGUCCUGAAGCGGAAACCGAACAGGAGGACGAGGCUUCAGAGGAAGAGAGAACGAAACAGGUUCCCAUGCAAGCAAUGGUCCCAGAGGAGGAUAUAUUUCUCGGUGCACAGGAAAGCACCAAACAGGCGCAGUGGAACCAUUACGAAUUAAGCAUUCCGGAGAUUCCGUUUGGCCCCUUUCACCCUGGAACACAGCAUUUCGAAGCGGAAUUUCCAAUUCUUCAACCAGAAUCCAUUGAUAUUCCGGUCAAUUAUCCCCAUAAUAUCCAGGAUGGUCAAACCCAGGGAGCAGAGAUCAAGGAUAUGCAUAUUGAUAUACCAAUCCAGGAGAGCAAGGAAAAGACCCCUCCUCCUUCACCUCCACGCAGUCAUACCCAGCGUUUCAAAAACGCACGUGCCCCUGUGUUGACGGUCGCUAAGAAACGAAGCUGGCGCUAUGGAUUGCCUUUUAAAAUUUGGCGCAAGAUUAUCGCAGACGCCGUGGGCGCAAACGGAAUACUCGAUAAAGACCAGCAAACACUCAUUAUGCGAUACGCCUCUGACUGGGACGCUCUCGCCUAUGAGAUCGCAAUCCAGGGAGCCCGAGACGAGGAGAAAAUGUGGAAAUUCCUGGAAAUGGUCAAUUGUUUUACCUAUAGCCCGAUGUCUGGAUAUUAUUGAGAGGCAGGAUAUCCGAUUGAAAACCCACAACCAGAAAAGGUACUGGCUUUUUUUGCCUUCAUUUUGUCUUUCUUUCUCGAAAUACCCAUCAUCCGGCGAUUUCAGAGGCGCGCUUGGGCAGUCGCAGUUGUCUUUUCAUAAUUGUUUUUUCUAGGGAUGACAAUUUAGGGAAGGGAGUACGGAGUAGUUAGAAGGGUGUGGAGAAUGUCUUCGAGAGCAUUGGACUUGUUAGUGGAUUCAUAGCCAGUUGAUAAGCACUGCAAGUAUGAGCUAUAGUAAAUUGAAGGAAGAGGAAAUCUCCAAUCUUUUAGUUUUCUUCUCCAGAGAGCAGGUAAGAAAGAUCCCAUGUAGAAUCGAG